ACUUGCGCAUUUUCUAUAGUCGUCUUUACGACAUCACUUAUACUUGCGUUCUACAGCAGCCAUAGCAGUGGCGGCAUGAUUAUACACCGUAAUGCGUUAUCACUUUCACUUCUGUUCCUCAUAUAUAUAAGGGAUCCAAGAUGACAGGCAAGGCAAUUUGACCUGAGUUGAGUUUGCCUCGGUGACGGAUGAGGCUAAAAAGAAAAAGUAAUAAUCCGAGAUGUUGGGAUGACAGUUACAGAGUGCGUACACGAAACAUGCUUUUUUUUCAUAUGGGAGCAUGGGUUAAGGGGGAUGUAUCAAUGGAUUCAAUACUUUUUGUCUACGAGCCGGCGCAUGGGAAUAAACAAAAAGGGUAUGUCACUGACUGGCAGGAGUUGGCGAGCAUGAUUUUCGUAGGUAAGGUGCAUAUCCCUCUCCAUACAGGGCUUUUUCUGUUUAUAUUAUUCAUUGGACCUACAUGGUUGAGGUCAAGGGAUUGGAUAAGUCGCAUUUUGUGUGAUGGUGAUAUAAUAAUAAUAAAAUUAUUAUUCUUACAUAGGUACCUUGUUAUGUACUACCUCUUCCGGUUAUUUUCGUUGUAUCAAUUUCCGAUGAGUUCUACGAAAACAGAAACGGAAACGUACCUAGACCUAACGAAAAACAACCAACCAAGAAGAAAAAUGAGGCUUAGAUCGGAAUUAUCUCUGUACGUCGGCUUGGUAUCCUUUUUUUCGUUUUCUUUAUUCUUUAUGAAAGGAUUGUUUACCUACUCCGAUCCUGGUUCGAUGCAACCUCUAGGUACUAAGCGAGCACAAGCCAGUCAGCGACCUUUCGGGGUAGGUAUUCCAGGCUAUAGCAGACAAAUUAUACCGUACCGGCAUUCUGGACGCAGCCCUGCGGGGUUGGUGGUUACGCGAACUCAUGCGCUACCGACCUAGGUACAUAUGCAGUAGUAAAGCUCCGCUAGGC